AUGACGACCGUCGACGUCGACCUUCCUGGGGAGCUCACCGACAUGGUCAUUGAACACCUUCACAACGACGUUAACUCACUCAAGUUAUGCUCACUCGUAUGCCAGCAAUGGCUCCCCGCUUGUCGACAUCAUCUUUUCGAAAGCGUGAUCUGUUAUCAGAUCCAGCCUGACGGACGAUCAUUGCAGGACCUUCUGCAUUUUCUGUCUUCUGGAAACCGCAUAGGCCCUUUCGUCAGGAAUCUC